UGGUAGUUGCGUCAUCACAAUGCGCGAGCUGUAGAGGAUCAUCUAAACACCCGAGACGCUGUAUGUGUGGUUUACAAGUUUUAGGAAAGGGUUUUGACACUUAGAUUACAGUUAUUCCUUGCUGCUUCCUCUUUCAGUUUGACGGAGAUGGUAUAUAUAUAUAUAGGUCCCAUUUUAGACACUAAACCGAAUGGAAGAAGAGAGCAGUUGUGCAGAAGCCUUGUCCAAAGUGAACGCGGAUUUAUUGUCGCUCCUGCGCAUCGAUGUGGAGCUCGAGCCCUUGUGUGACCGCGAGGAGACCACAUGCUCUAAAAAUGUCCUGCGCAAACAGCGGAACUGGGAGAGGAGACUGGAGGCGAAGAGAAGCAAAAGAAGAGAGGAGAAACUAAGAAAGAAGCUCAACAAACAAAAUAAAGAUAUGAAUGAGCUGCAGCUCAGUAAACGUGUCAUUAAAGCGAUUACCAAAGAGAGACUGGAGGAGGCCAGAGAAGCAGGACCUGGCCUGUGUGUUGAUCUCAGCAUGACUGACUGUCUCUCUGCCAAAGAAAUCAGCCACCUUGCAUGUCAGAUCAGGCGCCUCUAUGGAUGCAAUAAGAAAGCCUUGAAGCCUUUCCGCAUAUUUCUGACGGAGUUAAAAGAGGACAGUCUGCUGUAUAAAGAGUGUGUUCGGAUGAAUGACGGCUUUGUGAAUUAUUUGAUUGAUGUGACUGAGGAGAGCUGGUUUCAUCUGUUUCCCUCUGAAGAUGUGAUAUAUUUAACACCAGACGCAAGUGAAGCUUUAGAGUAUGUGGAGGAAGAUAAAGUCUACAUCCUUGGAGGUUUAGUGGAUGAAACCAUACAAAAGAAAAUAAGCUACACGAGGGCGAAAGAGCUCGGCGUUCCCACGGCGCGGCUGCCGAUUGAUGAGUACAUGGUGAAGAGACCAAACCCAAAAAAUUUCCACUCCAAAAUCCUAGCCAUUAAUCAAGUGUUUGAGAUCCUUCUGACAUUUCGGGACACUAAAGACUGGACUAAAGCUCUUGCGGCUGGAAUACCUCCAGGAAAAGGUUACAUGGUGGCGUCAGAGGCAUCUACAGACAGAAACACCCCGGAAGAGUUGUAGACGCAUAGACUUUGCUUUCAUAGA